CCAUGGCCCAAAUUUGAAUGGAUCUCCAAAAAUGAUCCAUUAUAUAAACCCACUCAAAAAAACCCUAACCUCCUCAUAGGCGCAGCUGAACACAUCUACUCAGGUCGAAGAUGAGUAAAGGAAGCAGUGGAGGAGGAGCCACCAAAGGUGGAAAGAAGAAGGGAGCAACAUUCGUAAUUGAUUGUUCAAAGCCAGUGGAGGAUAAGAUCAUGGAAAUUGCUUCACUUGAGAAAUUCCUGCAGGAACGCAUCAAAGUUGGAGGAAAAGCUGGGGCUCUCGGUGACACUGUCACUGUCACUCGUGACAAGACCAAAAUUACCGUCACCUCCGACACCACUUUCUCCAAGAGGUAUUUGAAAUACUUGACAAAGAAAUAUCUAAAGAAGAAUAACGUGCGUGAUUGGCUUCGAGUUAUUUCUUCAAACAAGGAUCGCAAUGUGUACGAGUUAAGGUACUUCAACAUUGCUGAGAAUGAGGCUGAGGAGGAAGAUUGAGAACUAGAAGCAGUAGAUUGUAAUUGUUCUCUCUUUUUUGACAUAAUUUACACUUUUUGUCUGGAAUCAAAUCUUUUGCAUUUUUGCCCUGUUUUUAAGGGAGAAAUGAGAUUGUGUUACUGGAGUUGGUUUAUUUCUUCUAUACCUUAGCUUUUAACUUUUUGGG